CACACGAAGACGUCAAUCGGAAGAGGGGAGGGGCCGAGAUCACUUCGGGAUACAGUCGUGGCAUGUAAGAAAUAAACAACAAUAAAACGAUCGUUUAGGACACACAGACGGUGGUUUGACGAUUUGGGAAUCGGAUAAAAUGUCAGAGUCCGUCGGAGUUAAACGGGCCAGCUCGGACCAGAGGAAGGUGCGGUCGCGGGAUGCGGCCAGGUGUAGGCGGAGCCAGGAGACGGAGAUCUUCUACCAGCUCGCCAACGCGCUGCCCCUCCCACACAAAGUCUCCGCCCACCUGGACAAGGCCGCCAUCAUGAGGGUCACGCUCAGCUUCAUGCGCAUGCACCGCCUCCUCAGAGCAGGGGUGAUGGAGGGGGCGGAGCCUAAGGAGGAAGCGGAGGAGGACUGUAUGGACGGGUUCUACCCCAGAGCCCUGGCUGGUUUCAUCACGGUGCUGACGGAGGAAGGGGACAUGGUCUACGUGUCCGACAGCGUCUCCAAACACAUCGGCAUCGCACAGCUGGAGUUACUGGGCCAGAGUGUGUAUGACUUUGUCCACCCAUGUGACCUGGAGGAGCUCAGAGACCUGCUGACAGCGAGACCAGGUGGGCGGAAGAGGGCGGACUCAGACCAGUGGAGGGCGUUGAACUUCUUCCUGCGUGUGAAGAGCACACUGACCAGCAGGGGGCGCACCGUCAACAUCAAGUCAGCUACCUGGAAGGUGCUCCACUGUACGGGCUACGUGGGUGCGUGUGGCUCCACCACCCUGCUGUGUGAGCCUGUCCCUCACCCCUCCAGCGUGGAGUUCCCCCUGGACAGCAGCACCUUCAUCACCCGCCACUCCAUGGACCUGCGCUUCACACACUGCGAGGGCCGGGUGACAGAGCUGGUCGGAUAUGAGCCGGACGAUCUGAUUGGUCGCUCAGCCUACGAGUUCCAUCACGCCUUGGACUCUGCUCACGUCAACAGGAGCCUCCACACCUUGCUGUCAAAGGGCCAGGUGUGCACCAGUCAGUACCGCUUCCUGGCCAAGAGGGGGGGCUUUGUGUGGGCAGAAACCCAGGCCACGGUGCUCUACAACAGCAGGACGUCCCAGCCCGAGGCCGUCGUCUGCCUCAACUUCAUCCUCAGUGUGGUGGAGCAGGCAGACGUGGUGUUCUCUGUGGAGCAGACCCGCUACAGCCCGCCAUCUGAGCCCCACACGGGGCCGGAGGUCUCCGUCACCCCAAAGCCCAUCCUCACCGUGCUGGGGGACCAAGAGGAAGAGGAGGAGGAGGAGGAGGAGGAGGAGGAAGAGGAGGAGGAGGAGCGCAAGGAUGACGAUGAUGAUGAGGAGGUUCUCUUCCUCAAGCUGAAGGAGAACUCUGAGGACCUCCUGCAGCUCACUCCUCAGGAAGGAGACGACAUCAUGCCACUCCCAGACUUUGUGCAGCUGUCGUUCGUCAGCCCCUGUGGGUCGACCUCGCUGCCCGACUGCCCCCAGGACCUGUGCACCCCAGAGCUGCGGCAGCUGCUCGCGCCCAUCUUCGACAUCCUGACCCCGCACCCUUCAUCAUCAUCAUCACCAUCAUCAUCUUCCUCACCACUGUCUGCAGCGGACCUCUCCCCGGAGCCAGAGAGUCGGUCAGUGGGGAGGUUCUUUGCAGUUUGUCAGGACGAGGGACAGAAACCAGCAGAAGACACACAAGAGGGCAUGGAGGAGAUGGACCUGGAGAUGUUGGCUCCUUACAUCUCCAUGGACGACGACUUCCAGCUCACAUUCCUCACGGCAUUGCCGGAGGGCUGUGACCUCACAUCCUCGUCUUCCUCCUCCUCUUCAUCAUGCAAACUGCACACCGCCACAUCUGCUGCCACCAGCCUCAGGAAACGGACCCUCGGUCUUGACAGGAACCUCUCGUCCGUGUUUGAGGUUGAGGACAAGCGACAGCGACGGGACUCGUCCUCUGUGGACCAGGACCUGCUCUUCACACACAGACUACUGGACUGCCUGGAUGACACUGACCAAUCAGAUCUUGAUCUGGAGCCCCGCCCCCAGAAGAGUCAGUUGCUGACAGACAGAGAUCCAGUCUUUGGAGGCUUACAGGGACUGUGUGACACAGCAGCUCUGAUGAGGGAUGUCUUUUCGUCCCGCCCACCUGACCGAUCUCCUCUCUCACCUAUGACUUGAUGAGAUUCCUGUCAAUCAAGGAUAAAAUGUUCUGCCUGAACGCGCACAAACCAAAACCAUAUGACCCACUGCCACCUGACUCUUCCUCUCGUUGGAAUUGUGGGUUCGAACAUGGUAAUGAAUGAAUGAAUGAAUGAAUGAAUGAUGCAAAAAAACUCUAAAUUGUUUUUGUUUUUGGUUGACCCAUGAGUCCAGAGCUGCUUCGGUUGAUUUAGCGGUCCUGACCAUGAGACUACGUACACUAUAAACGCUGUGAAACUGAUUCUGCUGGUGCGCUUCAAUACUAUCCUUUAUGCCAGCUUUCCUUCUUUUCUUUUAAACCGCAUUUUACAGACAUUUCACUCUGUGAAUUAUUAAUCAGGUCGAAGAUUGCUUCAACCAGGUUUCAGUUUAUAAAGGGGCAGCUUAUGUUUGAAGCAAUUAUGUUAGAGCUUCAAAAAUGGAUCAGUUCAACAUCUCAGAAAUCUGCAUUAUGGAUUUACUUUCGAGUCAUGGACAAGUCAUAACAUUUCUGUCACGUCACCUUACAGAAAAUCAUUGAAAACAAAUAGAAAGACAAAUAUCAGUGGCAUAGUUUAAAAUAUAUGUUUUUGUGUACCUUUAGUCUUUCUAAGAUAAUUGGAUGUUUUAAAGCUAUAUUUUGUAUGUAUUUUGCCAUAAAUGUAGACGAUAGACGAUAUACUUGUUUUAGUAUGUCUUGGAUAGCCGGGAGGUGCUCAACCCAUAAAAUGAAUUGAGGCAUUUAAAAUGUUUUUCAAAUUAUACCCAUGACCUUUAAAGAUUGUACGAGUGAUCCUUCCUUUGUUUAUUUGAGUCCAAAUCUUAAACUGUAGCACCUGUAUGAGUUUAUUAAACAUAAUUUUUCUUAAGCCUUCUUUUAAGUGUUUUAUUUUAUUU